ACAAUAAUUCCUCACAUUUCUACAUUUAUUACUUGAGAAAGAAACAAAUGCUCUAUGACAAAUCUAAAAAUUUAUGUAAUCACUAUUCAGAUUACAAAAAUCUUUACUUGUCCACACGGUUUCAGUUUUCUAGCCUAGUUACAAGGUUAAGGUAAACUUUAAAAAAAAAAAAAAGCAAUUUUGUUAUAUAGAGAAAAGAAAGAGGAGGGUGAGAUGGAUGAUGCUAAGAAAAUGGAAAAAGGCUUCUUCAAAUUCUUCUACCCAGAGAACAGCUCCCAGAAGCUGAAAAUCCCCACGGCUUUUACAGAGUAUAAGAAUGGGAAGCUACCCAAAAGGGUUUCACUUAGGGAUAGAUUUGGGAAUGUAUGGCCAAUUGGACUGGCGAAAAAAGACCGAGACCUUUAUUUCCAAGAUGGAUGGGUGAAAUUCAUUGAGGACAACAGUUUGGAGUUUGGAGAUUUUUUGAUUUUUGAUUACGAUGGGAAUGGUGUAUUUGAUUUCAAAUUACUUGGAAAAACUGCAUGUGAAAAGAAAGGAGCUGGAGUGACUAGUGUGAAAGUGGAGGAGGAAGAAAUGAUCAAUAUUGCACAUCAAAAGAUUGAAGAGCCAAAAGGGAAGAAACAAUUGGCCAGUAAUAGCAUUAGUUCUACUUCUUCUUCUGAUGGCGAUGAGGAUGAGGAGUACAUGGUAGAAGAAGAAGACGAGGACUAUGAAGAAGAAGAAACAAAUGAAAAAGCAAUAGUAAUAUGCAAGAAAAAGCCGCCACGUUCAAAAGGUACUUAUGUGGAAGAGGAAAAAGAUGAUGAUAAUGAGGGUGAGGAGGAGGAGGAACACGAAGAAGAUGAGGAACAAACUGAGGAGGAGGAGGAGGAAGAAAAGAAUGAAAAAGCAAGAAUGUUCAAGAAAAAGGCGCCAUGUUCAAAAGCUGUAUUCAAAAGAGCCACUACUAUCAAGAAGAGGGAUGUCCCUGACCAAUAUGGUGCAGAGAUUUUCAGAAGUGGACGUGCGACUCAGCCUAAAAAUCCUUACUUUGUUGCGAAAAUACGAGCAAAAAGAAGAGAUCAACUGUACGUUCCAGUUGAUGUGGUGAGAGACUACAACCUUGAACUCCCUCCAAGAAUGUUCUUUCGUGACUCUGAGGGCAGAAAAUUUGAAACAGAGGUUAAUAUUUGGAAGGAUGGUAGGAUAUGGCUCAAAAAAGGAUGGCGCAAAAUAUGUAGAUGGAAUCUUGUUGAAAAAGAAGACAGUUGCAUUUGUGAGUUUAUGAGAGGAAAAUCCAAUGAAGUCCUUUAUUUACAGGUUACUGUUGUCAAAGCAGGAGGAGUUUCCAAUCCUAGCAAAUAGCAUAUUUAGUUUGUAUGGACUUAAGUACUGUUAUUUGUUGACUAGUUUUGAAGAAUUGUCUACUACUUUGUUAAGUACUGCAUUCUGUUGACAAAAUUUGAAGACUGUGCUUGUUUGUAUUAAUAGCUUUGGCAUUUAAACCAGUUGACUGGCGUUAAAACUGAAUUCUUGUUGAUUUA